AUGCAGCCAAAGUCAGCCGGCUUGUCGAAUUACGAGCUCAGGUUUCCCUCGGAGGGAAGCCAAGCAUCGGAAGAUAGUUUUGAGCUUGGAGAAGAGCGUCGAGUCCGCCGAAAGGUUGACGUGGUCUUAUUGCCCAUAUUAGCUCUUGCUUUUUUUGCACUGCAACUAGACAGAGGAAACAUGAGCGCCGCUUUGACAUCAACGAUUACACAAGACUUGAAAAUUACCACAAAUCAUAUCAACAUUGGACAGCAGUUAUUGUCUGCCGGUAUAUGCAUCACUGAGAUUCCAUCAAAUAUGGCCCUUCAAAGAUUCGGCCCAGUAAGAUGGCUCUCUUUCCAGAUACUUGCCUGGGGACUUGUGGCGACCCUACAGGCAUUUGUGAAAGGUUAUCCAGCUUUCUUAGCCACAAGACUCCUCUUAGGCCUCCUUGAGGGAGGCUUUAUACCAGGGGCGUUGUUCUAUCUAUCUUCAUGGUACAAGAAGAACGAGACAACUUUGAGGGUAUCUCUCUUUUUCUUUGGUCAAAUGUUUUCAGCUGCCACUUCUAGUUUGAUUUCCGCUGGAGUGUUGAGGUUGAGUGGGCGCGGUGGCCUAUCAGGCUGGCAAUGGAUAUUUUUAAUUGAGGGUCUUGUGACUUUAUUUAUAGCGAUCGUCUUUGCCCUUUUUUCACCAAGCGACAUCGGCAACGGCCAACCGUUGAUAAGCCGAAAACGCUGGAGCUACUUUACAGAGAGGGAAUCGUAUGUGAUCCGUACUCGGAUGCAGCUGUACGACGAUGGAAAUACAGCUCCGGGUAAAGUCAAGAUCACUGUUCGAGAUGUGUGGAAUACAGUUCGCCGACUGCACGUACUACAGCAUUGUCUCUUUACACUGGUCUCCAUGUCUGCGCUAUCGGGCCUGUUGAACUAUACCCCUAGUAUUAUCAAGUCGUUUGGAUUUGAUGCAGUCACGGCAAACUCUCUGGCUUCUGUUCCAAUUUUCAGUGCCAUGCUCUUGAUUCUGCCUAUGUCUUGGCUAAGUGAUUGUAUCAAAUACCGCGGGCUGUUGAUCUUCAUUCCCACCACCUGGAAUGUUAUUGGUUAUGCUUGUAUCCGAUGUAUGGCUGUGUCAUCAACAAAAUGGCAUAAAUAUGCUGUUUUCGCAAGUGCAAGUGCGAGUUACGCCAACAUGCAUAUACUGAACGUCUCUUGGCUUUCUGUUAAUUGUAAAUCCCCCCAAGAACGAAGCAUUGCGAUGGCGUUGAUAAUAAUGGCUGCCAAUGCAUCAGGGAUCUCGGGGUCUCAGAUCUUUCGAACGUCUGAUCAACCACUAUAUCGCCAUGGUUUAACAGCAAUUUGCGCGUUGAGCGGAACGUCAUGGGUACUACUGGCAGUCCUCAAUCUCUAUUACGCCUUGAAAAAUGCGAGAAGGUCGUGA